GCGAGUCAAACGACGACACUCGGCUCCCAUUGACAGCAACGCUAAAACAGACAGCUGCAGUCGUCCCCGGAGCGGACAAACAUGCCACGAGAGAUCAUAACACUGCAACUUGGACAAUGCGGAAAUCAAAUUGGAUUUGAGUUCUGGAAGCAACUGUGUGCUGAACAUGGAAUCAGUCCGGAGGGCAUCGUGGAGGAAUUUGCCACAGAGGGCACGGAUCGAAAAGAUGUGUUCUUCUAUCAGGCUGAUGACGAGCACUACAUCCCCCGUGCCGUGCUGCUGGAUCUGGAGCCUCGAGUCAUCCACUCCAUCCUGAACUCGCCCUACGCCAACCUCUACAACCCCGAGAACAUCUACCUGUCAGAGCACGGGGGCGGUGCAGGGAACAACUGGGCCAGCGGAUUCUCUCAGGGAGACAAAAUCCACGAGGACGUCUUUGACAUCAUUGACAGAGAGGCGGAUGGCAGCGACAGCUUGGAGGGUUUUGUGCUGUGCCACUCCAUUGCUGGAGGAACUGGUUCUGGACUUGGCUCCUACUUGUUGGAACGUCUCAAUGACAGGUACCCUAAGAAGCUGGUGCAGACCUACUCUGUCUUCCCAAACCAGGACGAGAUGAGUGAUGUGGUGGUGCAGCCUUACAACUCACUGCUCACUCUCAAGAGGUUGACACAGAACGCCGACUGUGUGGUGGUCUUAGAUAACACAGCACUGAACAGGAUUGCCACAGAUCGACUGCACAUCCAGAAUCCCUCCUUCUCACAGAUCAACCAGCUGGUCUCCACAAUCAUGUCUGCCAGUACAACAACUCUGCGUUACCCGGGAUACAUGAACAACGACCUCAUUGGUCUGAUCGCCUCUCUCAUCCCGACGCCCCGCCUCCACUUCCUCAUGACUGGCUACACUCCGCUCACCACAGACCAAUCGGUGACCAGUGUGCGUAAGACCACGGUGCUGGACGUGAUGAGGAGGCUGCUGCAGCCCAAGAACGUGAUGGUGUCCACAGGCAGAGACCGCCAGACCAACCACUGCUACAUCGCCAUCCUCAACAUCAUACAGGGGGAGGUCGACCCCACACAGGUCCAUAAGAGCUUGCAGAGGAUCAGGGAGAGGAAGCUGGCCAACUUCAUCCCGUGGGGGCCGGCCAGUAUCCAGGUGGCCCUGUCACGCCGCUCCCCCUACCUGCCCUCCGCACAUCGCGUCAGCGGACUCAUGAUGGCCAAUCACACCAGCAUCUCAUCGCUAUUUGAGCGCACGUGCCGGCAGUAUGACAAGCUGCGUAAGCGCGAGGCCUUCCUGGAGCAGUUCCGCAAGGAGGAGAUCUUCAAGGACAACUUCGACGAGCUGGACAACUCCCGCGAGGUGGUGCAGCAGCUCAUUGAGGAGUACAGCGCCGCCACCAGGCCCGACUACAUCUCCUGGGGCUCACAGGAGCAGUGAACCAACAACGUAGCCUACACACAUGAACACACAGAAGCUUGGCCAUAUGGAGGCCCACACACACACACACACACACACACACACACACACACACACACACACACACACACACACACACACACACACACACACACACACACACACACACACAUGAAAGCACCCAAACCGGGGCCCUGUCAAAGCACAUACACAUACACAUACAUGGACAUACAGUCACAGGGGCUGUGUGUCAUCCAGUGGGCCUAUAGACGAAUGGAAUCUUGUGAAGAGGAGUCUACACAGAUAUAUACACACAUGUACACAAUCUUUCAUGACAAUGUCCUGAAGCCUUCAAUGUCCCUAAACGACACUCAACGAGUGGAUGUGUGUGCGCAACUGUUUCUUGAAGCUCCCCCAGUGUCCUGAAAGGAAAAGUCCCAGCCAAGCCCUCUGGCAAAGUAGAGUAGCAAAGGUUGGAGAGGCAUUAAUCCAAGAACAGCCAUCCUGUCCCUGUCCUCUUCUCCUCAGAGCUCUCUCUCUCUCUCUCCUUCUUUCUCACUCUCUUUCAUGUGUGCCUCGAAAUGCUCUGCUGUUGUAGUGAAGUGCUUUGUUCAAUCUGCCCAUCUCCCCCCCCCCUCCCCUCUCUCUCUCUCUCUCUCUCUCUCUCUCUCUCUCUCUCUCUCUCUCUCUACCGUACAAUCACUGCUACCUCUCUUCUUGCUUCACCUGUCUGACUUGAUCAAAAUGCCAUUGCUGUUCCAUAGCACUUAAUAGAUGUAGAUGGACCUUCUCAAUAACAUGUAGAUUCAGAAACAGCCAGCCGGCCAGCUGCACUUCAGACGGCCCAGUUCCCCCGUAGAGCCACUGAGCAAAGCUAGCUGACUUGAUGCAGACAAAGUAAAUGGAAGGCGAUUGAUUUCCUGCCUGGAAGAUGAUGUCCUGUCGUUAUGAUGCGUUAUAACCUCUUGAGAGAUUACUCCCACGGAUUAAAAAGGAUAAUCUCCAGAUCAUCCCGUUAGCAUUCACAGAAGUAGAAUCAUCAUCAUCUCUCUCUCUCUCUUCCUUCCUUCCUUCCUUCCUUCCUUUGUUUCUUGGAACACCCCUCCUUCUCCCCUUCUCUUUCUCUGUCUCACAGACAACAUCCCCUCCUCUCUCUCUCUCUCUCUCUCUCUCUCUCUCUCUCUCUCUCUCUUUCUUUCUUUCUUUCUUUCUUUCUUUCUUUCUUUCUUUCUUUCUCUC